UAAAGCCCAGUAGUACAAGUUAUAUCUCAAACGUCGGUCGUCUGCGAACAAAUGAAUAAUUAUUUAUAAUUUAAUUAGAUGUAAAAAUUAGAGACAAAACCCGUUAAAAAGUUGCAAGUUAAUAGAUUAACUUGCGUAAAACAAUAUCGAACGAUAUCUAAUCUUUAUUUUAUGUAAAAAUAAAAGUUUUAGAGAAUAUGUGCGUUGGAAAAGUAUUUGCAUUAUCUGGUGUGAAAGGUUAAUAGAUAGGCAACAUUGUAACCAUCGUAGCAGGGUAUCAUACGAGUUCCAUUCAAAGUUUAGUGCUACUAGUAACGGCCUGGAUCCUGUUACAAUAGGCUGAAACCAUUUAGUGAAAUAAAAUGUCUCAAAACGUGCGUCAACGCAGGCCGCAGCCGCAGCAACAAACGCAGAUCCAAAAUGGCGACGUGAAACAUGGAUCCAUUGAAGGACAAGAUCAAGAGUUCGUUGUGCGGGAGUCGCCCCUUACCGUCCUCAUCGACACCUCGCUCCACAUUAAGGCCAUAUACCACAUUUUCGUCGUCAUACUCCUUGUGAUGUUUUGUGACACUGUCAUAUACGACUUGGUGGAAAGCGGAAAGGUAAACGUAGGGUUGUCAACAGUGAAGCACGGUUUCGGCGAUAUUCGACGGGGCGCUAAGUUAUGGCUAUUCGAGUUUGCUAUCGCGAUGCUAUUCUACCCUGGGAUGUUGGUCUACAGUGCUGGAGCCAAAUUAUUUAAGAAAAUUCCUGGUCUCAAUGUAAUAUGGACUGGUAUCGGGCUAGCUGGUGUCGUGGCUUUGGAGGUGGCCAUACUCGCUGUACCGACUUGGGACUUGGGCAGGACACACUUGGCUCUGGGCUCCUCGGUAGCUGUCACUACCGAAAUGUUCCGCUUGGCAAUGAAAAUCUGCGCGGUGGCGGUUGCGUGUGCGCCGCGGUAUCACGGGGAUUCGACGCCACUGCCAACCCUGUCACAAUACGUGUACUUCCUCUUCGCACCCACAUUUGUAUACAGAGAUCAAUACCCUAGGACCAAGAAAAUCAGAUGGGGCGUGGUGGUGUUCCAUCUCUUGGAAGUAGCUGCUAUUAUAUUCUAUGAUAGCUUUUUAUGGGAACGCUUCAUUCUGCCGUACUGGUCGGAUUACGGUAAACAACCGAAGAUAGAAGCCGGCACGGUAGUCCGGGGUAUGUUUGCGUGUGUGCUCCCCGGAGUGAUCUCCUUCCUCUGUGGAUUCUACAUGCUGCUGCAUGCGUGGCUGAACGCCUGCGCUGAGAUACUGACUUUCGGAGACCGACUCUUCUAUGAGGAUUGGUGGACUAAAUCCCAGUUCUCUCAGUACUACCGAGCAUGGAACCGCGUGGUGCACUGUUGGCUGCGGGACCACAUCUACCGACCGCUGGCGCCGCGCACAGGACGCGCUUGUGCCACCUUUGCUGUCUUCUUAGUAUCCGCAGCAGCACACGAGAUGAUCCUGUCGCUGUCGUUCGGCUACUUCUAUCCGGUGCUGUUGAUGGAAUUCGGCGUAGUGGGAAUGCUGAUGGUGCCGCUCACCGCCACCAUCGGCCGCCGCUUCCCCAGCUGCUUCAACCUGCUUAUGUGGCUCAGCUUCUUUAUUGGCAACGGUAUUCUAUGGAGUCUCUACCCGAUGGAGUACUUCGCUCGCAAGAACUGUCCGCCGUCUGAUACCGACAGUUACUUCGUUCCGAAGUCCUGGUCGUGUCCAGAAAUAGUCCUCAAACCUAACUGGACAUUCCAGAACCCUUUCUAGGUGACAAUUACUAUUGACAUUUUUUCGUACCUAAGUUUAUAAUGUGUUAAUCAAUGUGAUAGAAAAUUUACUCUUUGCUAAAAUAAAUGUGACUGAUUAUGGA